AUGGCCCAGCUCGGGAUGCCGCUCCUAGAUGCCCCGCCCGGCCUCGAGGCGGUGAGCCCCGAAGCCACCGCGGCACUGCGAGCGCUCGCCUGGCUGCGCUGCGUGGCGGCCACGAGCGCAACGUCGGCCUGGGCCCAGUCGCACGACGCAGGGGCUGGCAUGGAGGAGAAGAACAAGGCAAGGCCUCACAGACUGCAGCAAGCCCUGAAGUGUCAAGAAGGCCCGAAGAUCCCAGACCCCCCAAAACCCCACACCUCCGUAGCAGGCUCGCGUGGCGCGGUUCACGAUGCCACUGACACCCGGUUUGCUGCCAGACUCCAACCCACACACCAUGGAGGUGGAGCGAAUUGGGGGGGGGGAGAGGCCAGGUCAACCGGCAACGGGGCAGCGCAGGUGGACAGAAGAAGGGCUUGCGUUCGCGACUACCAGUUCCUCCCGCAUCCAGACCUGCUCAAGGCUUUUGACUUCGUGCCGAAGCUCUAUGGGCGAGGCGGUGUCAACAUGAAGAAGAUCGUGGACCAGUGUGAGGGCAAGGUCCGUUUGCGUGGGCGCGGCAGCCGGCAUCUUGAGUUUGGCGGUCUCGAGGCUCGGAUGAAGUUGAAGCUCUACUUGAGCUGUACGACGCAGGAGAGUCUUGAGAUGUGUCACCAGAUGGUGCUCGGUCUUUUAGAGCGCUUGGAAUCCGAGUUCAGAAGCUUCUGUCGGAACGACACAGGCAUCGAGCUUAUCCGUAAGCACGGGGCCUUUUCGAAACUUUUUGUGUGCUCCAAGGCGAGGGGCCGAGGGGUGGGCCGCAAAGCCCAGGCACCGCCCAAGGAGGUCCUUUAG